CGAUCUCUAAUAGCAAUGCAGUUCGCUUGGUUAACACUUCGGCUCUUAGCGCUCUCAAUCCCGCUCCAAGUUCAUGCUGGUCCUUUGACGGCCACGGCGGACUCCAUUAUAACCAAUGGCUAUCCGGCUGUUGUGGGGCAAGCACCCUACAUUGUGGGUCUGCUGCUACGUGAGGGUCAGAUGGGCAGGUGGUGCGGUGGCUCGAUCAUAGAUCACAGCUGGGUGCUAACUGCGGCCCACUGCACGGAUCACAUUGAUGGGGUGAGCAUCUACUAUGGAGCCACGAGGCGAACGCAGGCGCUCUUCCACUUGGAGGUGGGCAUCGAGGAUGUGGUGCAGCACCCCGACUGGCCGGGCAGCAUUGGCAAUGACAUUGCGCUCAUACGCACGCCACAUGUGGACUUCUGGUCGCUGGUCAACAAGGUGAAGCUGCCUGGCCUCAAUCAGCUUGAGGAGACUUUCGAGAACUCUGCGGUUAUCACCUGUGGCUGGGGCAGCACCUCCGAUGCCAGCGAUAUGCCCGACUGGCUGCAGUGCAUCGACUUGAAUGUGAUCAGCAAUGCUGAGUGCUCACGCAGCUAUGGCAAGCUCCCAGACAGCGUUUUGUGUGUGGGCACACCCGAAGGCAGAUCCAUUUGUGAUGGCGACUCCGGCGGUCCACUGGUCACGUAUGAUGAGCCCAAGCUGAUUGGUAUCACCUCGUUCAGCGAUGCUAGCAGUUGCCUCUCUUCAGCGCCAGCUGGUUUUAUCCGUGUGACUCAUCAUUUACAAUGGAUACGCCAGGUCUCCGGAAUUUCAUAUUAGCUGCAACUAAUUUUUGAAAUCAUGCGAGACUUAUCGAUACAAAUAUAUUGCGAAGCGAAUAUCGA